UGAGAAAAGCGUUAGAACUGCUUCUACAAUCGGCAAACACCCCUCCCCUCACCAAAAUCUUCCAUAGACAACAACAACAACAAAUAUACACCAAGAAACCUACGUUUCAUAAUUCUCUCAUUAGACCCAUAAUUCUCUGUUUUCUUUGACUUUCUUUUUAUUCUGUUUUUAGAGUAUCGUACGUUAAAAUGUCAACCGGUGGCACCGCCACCAAUUCUGCCAACGGUAGUCCUAGAGUGGGACCCACCAUCCACCACCGCCGCCAGGUGGCAGACGCCAUAAACAACGACCAAGAAAAAUUAUCAGAUCAUUUACAAAUCGGUUUUGAUUAUUAUGGUGAUCAUAAUAAUACAAAUAUUAUUAAUUAUCAUCGUCAUCAUAAUACGAUAAUACGAUAUUUGUUAGCGAGUAAAUGGGUGCCAGAAAGUAUGGUUUUUAGAGUAGAAGAAUGGUUAUUGAGUUUUUGUACAAUUAUGGCAUGUUUAGGAUCAAGAAAGAAUAUUGGUCGUACGAUAUUUGGGUUAUUGUUGGUAUUGGUGGUGAUAUCUGUGUUUUUGAAGUUUUCUAUUAUGAUGAAUAAUGGUAAUGUUGAUGAUGUAAAUGGAAAAGAGAAUGGACUUUUUGUUCUUCAGAAUUUAAAGAAUGAUUGGAUUAAUGCUCAAAAAGUUGUUUCAGAAACAGAGACCUCUGUUUCUUCUUCUGGUGUUGUGCAAAAGCGACAGAUGAAAGAGUUACCUGUACCAGAAAUAUGGAUGAAGCCACCUAGUGAUACUUACUACAAAUGCAUUGAUCGGCCUAGGAAUCGAAUAAGAACGGCCUCAUUGACCAAUGGAUAUAUCCUGGUUCAUGCCAAUGGAGGAUUAAACCAGAUGAGAACUGGGAUAUGUGAUAUGGUGGCUAUUGCAAAAAUUCUGAAUGCUUCACUGGUUCUUCCUUCUCUUGAUCAUGAAUCCUUUUGGACAGAUCCUAGUGACUUUAAAGAUAUUUUUGACUGGAGACGCUUCAUUGACGUUUUAAAGGAUGACAUUGAGAUUGUUGAAUCUUUGCCGCCAAAAUAUGCAGCUGUGAACCCCAUUCAAAAGGCACCCGUCUCUUGGUCAAAGGCUAGUUACUACAGAGGAGAGGUUCUUCCUUUGCUAAGGAAGCACAAGGUGAUACAAUUUACUCAUACAGAUUCAAGGCUUGCUAACAAUGGCUUGGCAUCAUCUAUUCAGAGGCUUCGUUGUCGAGCAAAUUAUGAGGCUAUAGGGUACACAAAUGAGAUCGAGGAGCUUGGAAAGAAGUUGGUGGAUAGACUUCGAGACAAUGGUGAACCGUACAUUGCUCUCCACUUAAGAUAUGAAAAGGACAUGUUAGCCUUUACUGGCUGCAGCAACAAUUUGACUGCUCGAGAGGCUGAAGAACUUCGUUUUAUGAGGUAUCAAGUGAAGCACUGGAAAGAGAAAGAGAUAGACGGCAAUGAGAAGCGACUUCAAGGGGGCUGCCCUAUGUCGCCAAGGGAGGCUGCCUUGUUUCUUAAAGCAAUGGGCUAUCCCUCCACGACGAGGAUAUAUAUUGUCGCAGGGGAAAUAUAUGGCAAAAACAGCAUGGAUGCGUUUCGGACAGAGUAUCCCAAUGUUGUCUCUCACUCAACUAUUACAACAAAGGAAGAAUUGGAGGCUUUUAGGCAUUAUCAAAACCGUCUUGCUGCCUUAGAUUAUCUCGUAGCCCUUGAAAGUGAUGUCUUUGUUUAUACGUAUGAUGGAAAUAUGGCAAAGGCCGUGCAAGGGCAUAGAAGGUUCGAAGGAUUUCGAAAGACCAUAAGCCCCGACAGACUCAAUAUUGUGAGAUUAAUUGAUUUGUUGGAUAAGCGGGCGAUCUCUUGGGAAGAGUUCACUUUUGAGGUCAAGGCGUUACAUUCCAACAGAUUAGGAGCUCCUUACCUUAGAGAAGCAGGAGAAUCACCAAGAUUAGAAGAGAACUUCUACGCAAAUCCUUUUCCAGGUUGUAUUUGUGAUAGACCUUUGAUGGAAGUGAGCAAGCAGCAAAUUAAAAAGAGACCGAGUUUGAAGGCUGCUGCACAAAGAUAGGUUGUACAUUAGACAAAUGCCGGUAUUUGAUCUACUAUAUUAUUCAAAGGGCUGCCAAGAUUUCGGCCGAUUAUGCCUUUUAGUAUAUUAGGCAGCAAGCAGAAUCAAAGAGGACUUUCACCAUAUGAAUUACUUUGAUGAAUUAAUCUUAAGCCAGCAAGCAACUUUGGAAGCAGAGAUGGUUAGCUUAUAAGACGAACAAAAAGAGGCAGAUGCAACGCAGGCACUCAAAUCAUUCUUUUCUGUGCAGUAUAGAAUUGUAAAGUUUUAGUCAUUUUUUUAUUUAUUCUGAGUUGGUUUUUGUAAUUAGUUUAUUUAUUAGGAUUUCCACAGAUUCACAUGUAACAUAUCACGGAAAUUAUUAUACAAGUCUUUCUUCA